CAAUGCAAUGGCAUUCUCGUUCUUAGCAAAAAUGGUGGUGAAUGGUUGUCCGUGUAUUUCGUUUCAUGACUUUUAAUAUGUACAGAUAUUUAGUCUGAUGAGCUGUUUGUAUGUUAGGCUAGUGUAAAAUGCAAGAAUAGUUAUCAUAUUUUUAUUUGAAAUGUAACAACAUUAAAAAUAUUGUGUACAACUAAUGUAAAUUAAGGGAGAGAUUAGAGGUGUUGGGAGGUGACCUCAGUGUAGAAGCACACCGAGCAGACUGAUUAUGCGUGCCAAACCGACCUCAAACUCACGUGCUGGUAAAUCUAGCCGUGGCAAUGGGAAAUCUAAUGGAGGAAAUCCUAAAGGAGUUGUAAAAAGGCGUAAAGAACAAGAGCAGAAGGUUAUUCCUGACCUGUCAGUGUUACGUCAGCCAGUUGAUACAAGUGUUUGUGGGCUCAAACAGGCUGUUAAAGUUUUUGAGACUGGAACUCCGGAGGUUCUCCACCUCCUGACUUAUGACUGUGAUGUUGUUUACGAAUGUAAAGUGUGCCGUAAUCUGUUCAGGAGCAUAGCAAACUUCAUUUCCCACAAGAGAGUUUACUGCACUGAGAGAUACAGUCGAUCCCAAGAUUUACGUUCAAACAAAGAGGGAGAAAAUUAUACUGUAAUUUUAGAGGACAAAGCAUCCGAAAGGUUACCGACUCGGAUAACAGCACGGAAGGAUUUGACGUCCAUAGUAGAGUCACUGUCAGGACAGACAAACAGAUCCCCACUGUCCUCGGAAGGAGCAGAUAGUGGAAAUGACUCAAGAACCACUGAGCGACGACCUACCACGGUCCACUUGGAGCCUAUGGACAACACAACAUUUGGAGUCUUCCAGACUGUACUUAACAAGCCCAAUUCUCAGGAUCUCAUGAAGAAUCAGGUGACCGAACUGCAGAAUCUCCUUUCACAGAAUGAGGUGGUAUUGGGACCUGAUGGACGUAUUCUACAGAAUGGUGUCUUGAAUGUCCAUCAUGAGGAACCGGAGGAGGACCACAGUCUGGUCUGUUCUGCCUGUAACGUAAAAUUUGCUAAUAGAAAGACACUUUCCAAACAUAAAAGGUUGUUUCACGAGGCAGUGAGAACAAGUUAUUCAUGUCCUUGUUGCAAAAACUACUUUGCCAACCCUUGGAGUGUUUACAGACAUUUGUACAAAGUUCACAGGAAAACAAAUGAACAGGUCAGAAGGCUUCGCUCACAAAUACAUAAGAAGGACAUCAAAGUGGACAAGUCUGUUAUAAAUAAUACAAGUGGUAAAAAAGCGGUUUCUCCAAAUAAAAAAAGAAUAGAAAAUGAAAAUCAUCUAAGGGUUCAACAAGACAAUAAGGAGUGGAUGGACCAUUUUGAAGAUGACUGGGAGCUCCAAAGGUGUGGAGGUUGCGGAAGAAAAUUUGAAAGGAAAGCUGCUUUGAUUUCCCAUUCACAGAUUUGUCAGAAAAGGAUUGCCGCCUGUAACAGAAUUGAGCAGAACCAUCAAGUAGCAGUGGCUUCCAAUCCAACAUCUCUCAUAGUAGCUGUUAGUCCAUUGUCUUGCUCGAAGAAACCUGUUCCUAAACCGUCUCCAGAAAAAAAAAUAGGAAUCCAAGUGAGAAUGAAUUAUUGUAAGAACAGUUCCAAUUGUAAUGGAUCACCAUCUCAGAUCUCGAGUCGUCAGCAGAGCAGCUCAAAGUCUGUACUUGGGGAUGAGAAUGAUAUAGACACCCUUAGUGUUGAUGAGAAGGAAUCAUUCUUUCAACCAGGCCUCAUGAAAAGUGCCGUUGAUUUAAAAGAAAGCUCUGUGUUAGAACAGUUUUUAAAGAAUGCAAGCAAGUGUCACUCUUCCGAGGGUGUAGAAAAAGUGAAUUCGUACCUCAGUAACAGUGUAAAUAGAUUAGAUAAGGUGCAGACCUAUGAAAUUUCCACCUGUAAACGUUCAACAUUUCUUAGGAGUAAUGUCUCUAAAAAUAAAAAUCUUGAAGCCAAGUGCAUGCAGCUAAGAUCUGCUUUAGAAAAUGGAGUAACAGAAAGUAAGAAAAGUGGAGGAAAGGACAAAGCUAUAGAAAGUGCAGUAUUUUUUGACAAUAACAUUGAUAACACAUCAGAAAGUAAUGCAUCGGCUAUUAGUAGCUUGAGCAGCCAGCUGACACCUUUAGUUGACAAGGGCUAUGUGUGUGAAGUUGAGGAAUCGAUAGAGAUAAAAAAUAUAAACAUUUCAAGGACUUUGGAUAGUUUACCGAGCACAGAAGCUGAUUCUACUUCCAUGUCGGGUGGAGGUGGACUAACAAUGACCUACAAUAGUCGCACAUAUACAGGGAACAUCAAAUUUUCUCCAACUACUGAUGCUACAUGCGAAGAAGUCUCAACAUCAGUUGUUUCUGAUGAAUCACCUCAGUCAAAUCUACUUUUACAAGUAGAUUCGAGUUCUCUGAAUGAUGAUGAUGAUGAAGAUGAUGAGGUGUCUAUAAACCUAAAGCCCUUAGCUUUGGUAGAACAGGAAUCGAAGAUUAUACAAGAAAGUGAACUAGAAAAUACUAUUUCGAUCCUGACGAGAAAUCAACUUAAAGCGAUUUGCAAGGACGAUCUUAUGCCCAGCACCAGUGAUAGAAAUGUUUCUUUAGAAAACAGAAUGAAGAGGAAAACAGCAGAUGCAGAAAUUGAAGCUGUGACAAGAGAACUUAUAAAGAAGAAGCUCCACAAGUAUGUCAAUGAAAUAAAAAACUCCUGUAACUUAUGUCAUAAAAGAUUCAAGAAUGCUUGGAACAUUAACCAACAUAUUCCCAUCCAUACACAAUGGAAAAGGUACAAAUGUCUUUUUAAUGGAUGUAGAUAUGAAACUUUUACAAAGAAAAGUUGUGUGUCACACAUAGCUGUACACACCAAGGACAACAACAAGGAGUCUCCAGAGUUACUAGUGGGUAUCAUCAAUCCAAGCAAAUGGAAUCUAAAGCUAUCAGAUAAAUGGAAAACAAUUGGACAGACAAAAACUGCACCAAAGGUUAACAAUGGUCAAAACAAAGACAAUUCAUCUCAUAAAUUAGUGAAAACUGUUAAUAGGUUACCAAAGAAACCUCUCAAUCAUAAUAUUGGAGAUAAUAGGAAAAAUCUGUUGAAGAUAAAUAUUAAAAGAUUAAAUGAAAAGAAGAAAACCAAAUUAUCGAGAGUGUUGACUAAAGUUGGUACAAAACAAAAACUGUUAACUGAUUAUAAAACGUUCAGUAAAGUUUCAAAUUUAAAAGGUAAAGGGGUUUUAAAAACAAAUAAAUUAAAGAAAAUUGCACUGCAGUCACCAAAGAGAAAAUUAUCUGUCCAAAAAUCAUCUCCAAAGAGGUUAAAAGAGAAACAGCUUAAAAAUGGAGUUUCAGCUUCAGCAAGGAAUCUCUCGCAAACAAAAGCCGUAAAGGCUACAGUGAAGAAAGAAGGAAAAUCUACCAGUCCACCGAGAAGAAAGUUACCUGUAAUCAAGAAAGAAGUAAAGGAAGAUGAAAUUGUUGUAAAUCAUUUAACAUUGGACAGCAGUUCUGAGACAGGCACAGGAAAAGGAAGAGUAUCAAGAACAAGCAGUAGAAAGUCUUCUGUAAAUAGUGUCGACCAACCAAAAGGAAAACUUUGUGUCAACACAAUUGUUAAAAUAGAAGAUUCACAUACAAAUCAUUUCCCAUCAGAUAACUAUGAUUCCCACAGCUCAAUUCACAUUCGGGGUCCAGAAAUUGUUGAUGGGUCUUCGUCCAUGGAAGAAGAAGAGAGUCAAGAAUCUGACAGGCCAGUCGAUGACUCACACUUGAAAAAAAUUUUUAUGGAAGUUAUUUUUGGGCCAACAAAACCAUCGAACCCUGUGCAAUCUCCUGGAAGGCCUGUUAGAAAUAAAAGUAGACCUAAAAGAGACAAUGAUUUCAUUCUUGGAAGCCAGAAAGAUGACAAAGAAAUAGAUGACAAAUCAAACUUGGUAAAAAAGUCUAUUAAAUGUUCACCUGGAUCUCGGACCUCUCCAGAGAGUUCGAAGAAAUCCAAGUAACUUACAAGGAAUAGGAAGACAGUUUUGUUUUCUACCAUUUUCAUGCAUUAUAACACCACUAUUGUAUAAGAACAUGUUUUAAUUUCAAUCAGUAGCAUAUUUUUGUUUUCUUGAGGAAUAGCAUUGUAUUAUUUUCACUGAUGUUUUGUUCACAAUAUAAAACCGAUUCAAAACAUUAUUUAAAAAAAUGAUUUAAUUAAUAAAUUAAGGGUGAUCAUUCCUUUUGUUGUUGUUUUUAAGGAUUUUUCGUUUGACUUGUAUAUUUUAAGUUGUUGUGAUCAAUAUGGUUUUGUGUGAUAUUGUGGAUAUGAAGAGGACUGAUAACUGUAGACGUACUCAGAUGCUAUAUUUUUGUGAAUGGAAUGUGAAUAAGAUACUCGCAUUUACCUGUCAUUAACAGUGAUACAUUUUAUUUUUAUAAGCCAUGUAAUUAUGUUAUUAUUGCUCUUGAUACAUAAAAUACUUUGUACAGAUCGUGUAAAGAACUAGCUGUAUUUAAACUUCAUUGGUCCUAAUAUAAACUUGGUAUUUUAGGAGUAAUUAAUUAGAUACCUGUUGAACUUUUUUAACAAACUGAUUUUUGUAAUAGUGUGUAAUUCUCACAUCAGUUUUUGUUAUUAAUAAAAUACCUCAGUAAUAUAUUAGUUUACUGUCUUCUGUUUUUUUUUUUAUCUUUAUCAUUAAUAUUUAAAAAGAAAAGUAAUUAAUAAAAUCAGUUUGGAACUUUUUCUUAUUUGUGUAAUAGAAGAAUAAACAAUUAUAUUUUUUGUCAAGAUAAAUUUAUACCUAUAUGUUUUAUUGCUUUAAUGUCUUCUGUUUUUUAUCUUUAUCAUUCAUGUUUAAAAGGAAAGGUAAUUAUUAAAACCAUAGUUGAACUUUUUCUGAUUUGUGUACUACAAGAAUGAUCAAUUACAAUUUUUGUCUAAAUAAAUUUAUACCUAUAUGUUUUA